GAGAUCUUGCCACAGCAGUAACCACCAACAAGGCAUCAAUAAUCCUUUCCUUUCCCUUCCAAACCUUCGAGAAUGAGCAUUAUCAUGUCCACCAAGUCAUCGCUGAAGUCUCUCCUCCAAAAGGGUGAGAAUGAGCAUAAUCCAUUAACCAUGUCUGAUGAACAGAUUUUGGAACAAAUUUACUCAACCCACGUCCACAGUGACACCAAGUUUGAUGUGGAUUCUCUUUUCACCCUUGUUGAGAACACUCUUAGACGUUCAACCCACAUUGUUGACAAUCUUGUGCAGGGAUCCCAUGCAAGCUUGGAGCACAUUGAUGACAAGAUCCCCCAAUUCAAUUCACCACUUUGUACCUUGAAGCAAAUUUCUUUUGAGAUGUCAUGCAAGCCUCCAAGUGAGGAAAUUGGUCACCGAACUACACUGGCCAUACUUAACAAGCUCUCAAACUAUGAGUGGGAUGCUAAGGCUGUGCUGACACUAGCAGCUUUUGCACUCGAAUAUAGCGAGUUCUGGCUGCUAGCACAGUACCAACCAACAGAUCCUCUUGCAAAAUCUGUGGCUAUUUUGAAGCGAGUGCCAGUGCUCGCAAAGCCCGCAGCACUUCAAAAGCAUCGACAAGCCAUCCUUGAGGUUAACAAUUUGGUGAAAGCAACGUUGCAAGUUAUUGAGGUUAUCUUUGAGCUGGAGAAGCUUACCACUUAUGACACCAAAGAUGUACCUGCUUUGGGGCUUGCAAUUGAACAAAUCCCUGUUGAUGUUUACUGGGCCAUCAUCACUAUCGUCGCUGUGGUUACUCAGAUUGAUUGUCUCACCACUGAUUCAGAGCACAAGCAAGAACUGUCUCACUAUGGUCAAAAGAUCAACAUCAUACUCAGCAAACUCAGGAAGCAGAUAACUCUCUGCAGACAACAGAUAGAUGAGGCAGAAUAUUAUCGCAAGCUGAGGAAACUUUUCCAAACCCCCACUGAAAUAAUGGAGGUGUUUAAGGUUCUGAUUUUCAAUAAGGAUGCUCCUCAGCCACUGUUCGAUGGUGCUACUAAGACUAAGGUCGAUAUCACGGUGCUAAAAAAGAAGAACGUGUACUUGUUUAUUUCUUCCCUGGACAUCACGGAGGAAGAGAUUUCAGUACUCCGACCAGUUUAUGAUUCUAUUAAAACUAACGAUCAGUAUAAGAUUGUGUGGAUUCCCAUUGUAGAAGAAUGGACCGAGCAAUUGCACAAGAAAUUUGAGGUUUUGAAAAGCAAGAUGCCUUGGUAUGUGGUGCAGCAUUCUGGAACCAUAGCAGGGUACAAGUACAUUAAGGAGGAAUGGCACUUCAAAAAGAAGCCUAUGGUUGUGGUGUUGAGCCCUCAAGGGAAGGUGCAACACUCAAACGCAUUCCAUUUGAUCCAGGCUCAUGGAACCAGGGCUUUUCCCUUUACAACUUUGAAUGAAGAACAAAUAAACAGAGAGAACGAUUGGGUUGGCCCCGUAUUAGGCGGCAUUCACCCCAGCAUAAGCACCUCGAUCAAAGAGCAAAAGUACAUUUUCUUUUAUGGGGGCAACGACAAAGACUGGAUCCAACAGUUCACCAAGUACGUUACUGCCCUUGCAAAUGAUGCUGCUAUAAAGGAGGCAAAGAUUUCCAUAGAGUUGUUUUGUGUGGAUAAGGAAGACAAAAGCCUUGUGAGGCGCUUUUGGAGUGGCAUUGAGAGUUUAUUUGUGACUAAGGUUCACAAACAAGCUGAUGCAGUGACUCAAGAAGUGCAAAAGAUGCUUUCUUACAAGAAUGAAACUGGAUGGUCUCUCCUCAGUAAAGGGCCAUCAGUGGUGGUGAGUGGUCAUGGAACAACAAUCUUGAAGACAGUGGCAGAGUUUGAGAAAUGGAAAGAGGUUGUGAUCAAAAAGGGCUUUGCGGUAACCUUCAAAGAAUACCAUCAGAAGAUUGUGGGGACCACUCACCGUUGCUCACACCUUGAGAUUCCUAACGUUGCAGGGAAGUUACCUGAGACCAUCAAAUGCUCAGAUUGUCCUAGGGUAAUGGAGAUUUUCAUCAGCUAUAAAUGCUGCCACAAUGAGAAUACUGCCAAUGCCAUUCACUAGAAUGGAAUGUGGGUUCUGGUUUGUUAUAUAUGUUAUCGUGAACGACAGAGAGAGUGUGAGAAUAAGAGGCUUACCUCAGUUACCUGCUAUGCGUGUCUUUCAGGACUACGUACUAGCUUCUAUAGUAAAAUAAAGAUCACUCUCUGUAUCAAUGAAAAAAAAAAGUUACUUAAUUAAGGUCUAUAUAUGUUCUCUAUGUAAUAUGGAGCUGUAUUGAAUCUUAGCAUUCAAUUAAUUAAGCUUCUUUAUAUAUAGAUUGUGUUGCAAUACUUGAGUAGUACAACACAACUUUAAUAUGAAAAUUAAAAGUUGCGCUGCACUGGUCCA